UGCUGUGGUAUCCAGGGAGCCCUCCUCCUCCUCCUCCUCCUCCUCCUCCUCCCGCCGCAGGAGCUGCACGCCGGCCGUUGCUAAGGUCGCCUCCGCGGUAACAUGCACAUCCUGUUUACACCUUCAUCCCCACAACUUGGGCUCGGCUAGAGCCGCCCCUUCCCCCCGGGAAGCCCCCAGGGAAGAAGGAGCCCCCUGCACGGAGCAUCGUCCCCCCCCGGAGCCGCCGGAGCCGUCCCAGCAGCGCCGCGCCGGUGGCACCGGCACCGCGACAAGAUGACCAACAACGUGGCCGACCACCACCCCGGGAACUCGGUGGCCGAGUGCAGCCAUGAGGGGGACUUUGGGUGCUCCAUGGUGGAGCUCAGGAACCUCAUGGAGCUGCGGAGCGCCGAGGCCGUGGCCAGGCUGAACGACUCCUACGGCGGCGUGCAGAGCGUCUGCAAGAGGCUGAAGACGUCGCCGGUCGAAGGCCUGUCUGGGAACCCCAUAGACCUGGAGAAGCGGCGCCACGUGUUCGGGCAGAACUUCAUCCCCCCCAAGAAGGCCAAGACGUUCCUGCAGCUGGUGUGGGAGGCGCUGCAGGACGUGACCCUGAUCAUCCUGGAGAUCGCGGCCAUCGUGUCCCUGGGGCUCUCCUUCUACCACCCCCCGGGCGGGGACAACGAGCUGUGCGGGCAGUCCACGGGCGGCGUGGAGGACGAGGGCGAGUCGCAGGCGGGCUGGAUCGAGGGCGCUGCCAUCCUGUUCUCCGUCAUCAUCGUGGUGCUGGUGACGGCCUUCAACGACUGGAGCAAGGAGAAGCAGUUCCGGGGGCUGCAGAGCCGCAUCGAGCAGGAGCAGAAGUUCACGGUGAUCCGCAAGGGCCAGGUGAUCCAGAUCCCUGUGGCCGAGAUCGUGGUAGGGGACAUCGCCCAGAUCAAGUACGGUGAUCUCCUGCCAGCGGACGGGAUCCUGAUCCAGGGCAAUGACCUGAAAAUAGACGAGAGCUCGCUGACUGGGGAGUCAGACCAGGUGAAGAAGUCCAUGGACAAGGACCCCAUGCUGCUGUCAGGUACCCACGUGAUGGAGGGCUCGGGCAGGAUGGUGGUGACUGCCGUGGGCAUCAACUCCCAGACAGGGAUCAUCUUCACCCUCUUGGGAGCAGGAGAAGGUGAUGAGGAGAAGAAAGUGAAGAAAGGAAGGAAACGCCCCGAGCCGACCUCUUUGGGACCCUUCUCCAGCUCCCUCCUCUCCAUCCUGGGGCUGGGGGGAUCCCCCAGGACGGGGGGCUGGCGGUGUCUCCCUGCAGUGCUCGUUGCCCACCCCGUGCUGGUGGGGAGGGUGCCAGGAGAGUUCCAAGAAAUCUGGAGGGGGCUGUGGAAGAAGGGUGUGUCCUUUCUAUCGAUGGGGUUACGGGAUUGUGCUGGGUGUUUUCUGGGUGCACUCAGGAAAGCCGGAGGGGGCUGUGCAGGGGGAAGGUGCCCCUUUCUGUGGCCAGGCUGCCAGGACUGUGCCUCACCUCAGCUCCCGUCCCGCCCCAGGUGCACCAGGAUCCUGGACAAGGACGGCGAGCCGCGGCUGUUCAAGGUGAAGGACAGGGACGAGAUGGUGAAGAAGGUGAUCGAGCCCAUGGCCUGCCACGGGCUCAGGACCAUCUGCCUGGCGUUCCGGGACUUCCCUGGGGACACGGAGCCCGACUGGGACAACGAGAGCGAGAUCCUGUCCGACCUGACCUGCAUUGCCGUGGUGGGGAUCGAGGAUCCCGUCCGGCCCGAGGUGCCCGACGCCAUCCUCAAGUGCCAGCGCGCGGGGAUCACCGUCCGCAUGGUGACGGGGGACAACAUCAACACGGCGCGCGCCAUCGCCACCAAGUGCGGCAUCCUGCUGCCCGGGGAGGACUUCCUGUGCCUGGAGGGGAAGGAGUUCAACCGCCUCAUCCGCAACGAGAAGGGAGAGGUGGAGCAGGAGCAGCUGGACAAGAUCUGGCCCAAGCUGCGAGUGCUGGCACGUUCCUCACCCACGGACAAGCACACCCUGGUGAAAGGCAUCAUCGACAGCACCGUGGGUGACCAGAGGCAGGUGGUGGCAGUGACAGGGGACGGGACCAACGAUGGCCCAGCCCUGAAGAAAGCAGAUGUUGGGUUUGCCAUGGGCAUCGCGGGCACGGACGUGGCCAAGGAGGCCUCGGACAUCAUCCUGACCGACGACAACUUCACCAGCAUCGUCAAGGCCGUCAUGUGGGGCCGCAACGUCUACGACAGCAUCUCCAAGUUCCUGCAGUUCCAGCUCACCGUCAACGUGGUGGCCGUGAUCGUGGCCUUCACCGGGGCCUGCAUCACCCAGGUGGGAUAUGUGGGGGACUCACCUGGGUGGGUGGGACAUGUUGGGGGUGUCAUUGUGGCUUUCACUGGCACGUGCAUCACCCAGGUGAGCUCAGCUGGGAAGGAGGGAAAGGUGUGGCCCAAGGGGAUGUUUCCACACCCUGGAGCUGCCCAGGGUGUGACUCUGUCUCCUGUGCUGCAGAUCAUCAUCGUGGAGUUUGGUGGGAAGCCCUUCAGCUGCUCCGGGCUCACCCUGAGCCAGUGGUUCUGGUGCAUUUUCAUCGGAGUGGGAGAGCUCCUGUGGGGCCAGCUGAUCUGCACCGUCCCCACGAGCCACCUGAAGUUCCUGAAGGAGGCUGGGCACGGCAUCACCAAGGAGGAGAUCCCCGAGGAGGAGCUGCCCGAGGACGUGGACGAGAUCGACCACGCGGAGAUGGAGCUGCGGCGGGGGCAGAUCCUCUGGUUCCGGGGGCUCAACAGGAUCCAGACCCAGAUGGACGUAGUUUACACAUUCCAGACCGGCGCCUCCUCUUUGCAGGGAGCCCUCAGGAGACAGCCUUCCAUCGUGAGCCAGCACCACGAUAUCAAAGUGGUGAAUGCGUUCCGUAGCUCCCUGUACGAAGGCCUCGAGAAACCCGAAUCCAGAAGCUCCAUCCACAACUUCAUGACUCACCCAGAGUUCAUCCUGGAGGAAGAUGAGCCUCGGACACCAUUCCUUGACAGCGCCGAAGACGAGCCCGAGCCUGAGGGACUCCAAAAACGAGGUGGGGGCGAGCUGGGGGGGCCGACAGCCCUGAACAGGAACAACAACGCCGUGGAGAGCGAGUUCAGCUUUCCAGAGCCUGGGAGCCCCUUCCACAGCCUGGAGACUUCAGUUUGACCUUAGGACUUGGAAUUCCCCCUCCUCCUCCUCCUCCUCGCCCACCCUGUGUGAUGCCAGCACCAGGAGCUGGUCACACACUCCGUGUCAAACUGCUCAUGCCUGUAUCAUCAUCUGGGUUGGUUUUAUUUUUUUUUUUUUGGGG